GACGAAUCACACAAGAGAUGCGAGUUAAGCGCAACUUUGAAUUCUGUGCUAGUCUGCGUCAAUUGACGUUUCCUAAACAUACCAAGUUUUGCUGUUAGGUAAAGUUAGUGAUACUAGUUUCCGCGGAAGAGAGGAUGCUUUUAGAGACUUUUGGCAAAGGCGCAUGCAUGAGGAUAACCACUCCAGGACGAUAGCAACAACUGAGUGAACAAAAGCCGUUCACUCUGUAGUCAAGGCAGCAACUGGACAGAGACCUCAGGUUUAUGUUGCUACGGUCGUCCAUUCUUCUUUAAUCUCAGUGCUUCGCGCUUUAAGCUGAUUUAUGUUCGAUCCGCUGCCCACGCGCGCAGUUCAAAGUGCGUCUUGAUGCGUAAUUGCUUUACAGGAUCGGAGUAUUGAAUGGUUCGGUCCAGCGCGUGGUGCCCAUCCGAACUGGCUGACAAGUUCAAAACAACAAUUGGUCAUCUGAACAUCUUCAGGUUUCCUCUCACAACUCAAUAAAUGGGUAACCUGGAUAAUUGUUCUCUUAAGGAUUGUGCUCUCUCUUAAUCUCGUACCGCAUCACCUGUUUUGAAUUUAUUUCAUCUUUAACAAGACCGUGAUGUUUUUAAAUUUGGUUCUUCCACUGAUGUCCAUCCUUUUGAUAAGAGAUGUUCGUGGUCAAAUGGUCCAGAUGGAUAGCAGUAAGUCAGGAUUUGUGGGCUCACAGGUAGAGCUGCGCUGUCAGUUUGUCAACAGCAACCCACCUGUAAAAAUCUCCCAGGUCACCUGGCAGAAGCUGGUCAACGGCACUAAGCAGAACGUGGCCAUCGCCAAUCCAACCCUAGGCGUGUCGGUGCUGACCCCCUUUAAAGACCGUGUGCGCUUCAAGAACUCUGCCAUUCGCCAGCGCACGCCUUCCCUGGAGGACACCACCAUAGUCUUCAACAAACUAAAACUGUCGGAUGAAUCCACCUACAUCUGCGAGUACACAACCUUCCCAGCUGGCAACAGGGAGAACAUGGUUAAUCUCACCAUUUAUGUUCGCCCUAUGAUCCAGAUGAGUCUGUCCACACCCUCCAUAGUGGCGGGAUCCAAAGAUCUGAAGAUGACUGUUGCCACAUGCGUUUCUGCCAAUGGGAAGCCACCCAGUGUGAUCACAUGGGAAACCGAUUUGGUUGGAGAAUCCAACACUCAGGAGAUACGCAACCCUGAUGGGACUGUCACUGUGCGCAGUGAUUACUUGGUGAUUCCCAGUCGAGAAAUACACCAACAGCUGCUCACCUGCGUCUCCACAUAUAAUGACGAACAAUUCACGGACAGUGUCACGCUCAACAUUCAGUAUGAUCCAGAGGUGUUAGUAGAUGGCUUCGAUGGAAACUGGUAUUUGAACAGAGAAAACGUUCAGCUCACCUGCUUGGCUGAUGCCAACCCACCCAUCUCUUUGUUUCAGUGGAGAUACUUGAAUGGAACUAUGCCGAGUACAGCAGAACUUCGUGACGAUGUGCUGAUCUUCAAAGGUCCUGUAACCUAUGACAUCUCGGGAACGUACAUCUGUGACGCCACCAACAGCAUUGGGACAGGCUCAGCAUCCGUAGAGGUCAUUGUCACAGAAUUCCCUAGCUACCCACACGAGGUGUCUCAGGAGCAACAGCAAGCAGGUGCCGUCAUUGGUGGAGCUGUUGUUUGUGGCACAGUGCUGUUGGCUGCCAUUACGCUCCUGGUAGUGUUUUUCUAUCGCCGGAGAUGCACAUUUAAAGGAAAUUACAAUACGAAAAAGCAAAUCCUUGGAAAUGGCUACAGCAAGGCUGGCAGCGUGCCGCCACACCCCUCGCUACCUCACAGUCUGACCUUCUCUGAAGAAUCAGAUGAAGAGAAGAAGCUGGAACUUUACAGAGGCUCCAGUAUUUUAGGAGGACGCACUCAGGAGUUUCACAACUGCCAUGACAGCAGGAUGAAGACCUACUGCGCGGGACUGAUCGAGGACCAUGAGAGAUGCGAAUGUAACGAGCAGACUUAUUUUUACGAGUAUGGAUCUGAGGUGGAGGUCUCAGUGGACAUGGUUCCUCAGAUGGACGGCUCUGUCAUCUCUAAAGAAGAGUGGUAUGUGUAGAAUUCAAAACGUUGAACUUCUCAGCACGUCCAUUUUUCUUCUCGUUCUUCGCCAUCUCCUUCCUUUUGAAGCAGGCUUUGGGAUUCAAACUGACGUUGGAUUUGAUUCACUUAGACAGCAUUGUUGGCAUGAAAAUCCAAAAUGAUGAUGGAUGUUUGGAGAUUGGACAUGUCGAUUACUUUGCAUGACAUAAUCUCUGUUUCAAAACCUAGCACGCUAUUUAUGGCAGCCAUCAUAAUUAUGCAUAGUUAUUUGAACAUUUUUGCAUAAUGCAUAAUUAUGCUGCCUAUUGAAAUAGCCAAUUCUAAAUCAGCAUCACAAUCAUUCACGUAGAAGACUAUCCCAUAAUACAUUGCGAUAAACUCACUGAAAAUUUUUUUUGUCAAUACAUUUAAAUGUAAUUAAAAUGAAUUAUUUUGCCAAAUAUUUGUGUAUGUUGUGUUAGAAUUUCCCCAGUGCACCUGACUUAAGUUCAGUAUGCCUAAGAAUAAUAGACUAUAUAAAGACUAUAGCUAUACCGACUGCAUAAAAUGCCUAAGACUAUAGCUAUACUGACUACAUCAAAUGCCAAAUAAUUAUAGCUACCUGACUACAUUGGUAACCCCGGACGCCUAAGAGCCGGGCAACGUCUCGCCCCCCAGUGAAUACUAUCACUUGGGAAUUAGAUCUC